AGUCCAUUUAAAGUGCCGCUGGGAGUCUCGCGCACAGAGCGCGCGGUGGACAAGAUCUCGCGCGCUGGGAAGCACGCUGUAUUAUUCUCCUCAAAGUCUCUAUUUCAUUAUUUUCUCUCUGACAUACACACACAAACAUUAAACAGCAUGAGACUCUAAAUAUCCUUACUCAUCCAGUGGAUAUCUGGGAUCCCUGCGCUUGAUAAAGAGUCAGAAUGGGAUUUUAGUGUCUUUAUGAAGCAGCUACCGAUAUGACGCGCUCCGUCAGCUCCGUGGAUUCUUCCCGCAACCGACGAUCCGGUGAAUGAUGGACGAGAACGGGCAGAUCGAUGGCGCGAGGCAGGAGGUGGCGAACUUGCGCGCGGAACUGACAGCCACCGGACGCGGACCGGCGGAACUCGGCGAGCUGGAAGAACAGGGAGAACCGCAGGAACAUCAGCAGAGCCAGCACGUGCUGUUGCAUGAGGAGGUGGUGCGUCUGCAGGAGGAGGUGUCAGUAUUAAAGCAGGUGAGGGAGAUGCUAAACCGUGAGCUGGAGGAGACAGGAGGCGGUUGCACCGUGGAGCUGCUGUCAGUAUCACAGCUCCGGGUGCAGCUGACGCAAAGAGAGCAGGAGCUGGACAGAGCAAAGGAGGCAUUACAGGCUAUGAAGGCAGACAGGAAACGUUUGAGGUUGGAGAGGACUGAUCUUGUGAAUCAAAUGCAGCAGCUGUACACGACACUGGAGAGCCGCGAGGAGCAGCUCCGAGACUUUAUACGCAACUAUGAACAACAUCGAAAAGAGAGUGAAGAUGCAGUGAGGAUCUUGGCGAGGGAAAAGGAUUUGUUAGAGCGGGAAAAGUGGGAUCUACGUCGACAAACCAAAGAGGCCACGGAACAUGCCAGUGCACUCCGCUCUGCACUGGACCUGAAAGAGAACAGGAUCAAGGAGCUGGAGGCUGAACUAGCUAUGAUGAGUAACAUUAUGGCUCAGAAACUAGAGAGUCGCGUGUUCGUUCGCUCUCCAGAAAGACCAGCUUCACCUAAAAAUGUGUCGGCAAAACAGUCUUUGGCUACCCUCACCAAAGACGUUCCUAAGCGACACUCGCUGGCCAUGCCUAUGGAGACUGUCGUCAACGGCAACCAAGAGUGGGCGAUGCAUGCAGAGCUUCCUCUGACUGCGGCGAUACGACAGAGUCAACAGAAUCUUUACCACUCCAUGGACAGACAGGUGUUGAAAGCACCACAGUGCGUCUGUGACGCAGACGGCAUGAUGUCAUCAGCCGCGGCACGUGUCAGUCCCUGUCACUCCAAACAACCGUCGGUCAUCUCAGAAGCCUCUAUGAUGGAGGGAGAAAGAUGCUCGACUCCAUCAGAUUCACCACGACACAGAACACACUCUCUCUGCAACUCUCUAGAGGAUUUAGAGGAGCAGAGGCGCAGGAAGAAGAAGGAAAGAAUAGGACUGGGCUCACUGUCGCGGGUGUUCGGCCGAGGAAAGCAAAGGAAGUCUUUGGAUCCCACUCUGUUUGAUGACUCAGACAGUUUAUCAAGCCCCGCCCGUCUCAGCGUGAGCCUAUCUGAAAGCGAGGAUCAGCUGGAUCGCCUGCAGCAGGUGGAGCUUGCGCGGACGGUGCCCAUGUCCCGGUGGCGCGCGGGAACCGUGCAGGCGUGGCUGGAGGUCAUCAUGGCCAUGCCUAUGUAUAUGCGGGCCUGCGCAGAAAACGUCAAAAGCGGCAAGGUUUUAUUGGUUCUUACCGAUGAUGACCUGGAGUUUGUGUUGGGGAUAAGUAAUUCAAUGCACCGCAGGAAACUGCGUCUGGCUAUUGAGGACUACAGGGAUGCAGAAUCAGGACAUGGUCUUUCUAAAGCAGCUGAUAUGGAUCAUCACUGGGUAGCUCAGGCGUGGCUGACUGAUGUCGGUCUCCCUCAGUACUCCCAAUUCUUCCACACUCACCUGGUGGACGGACGUCUCCUGAGUACACUGACACACGCCGAUCUGGAUAAACACAUGCACGUGUCUAAAAAAUCCCACCAGAGCAGCCUUCUGCUGGGAAUACAAUUGCUACACACUCUCAACUUUGACAAAGAGAUUCUGCAGUCCAGACGAGCUGAGUGUGAGAAUCAGAACACAGAUCCAGUGGUGUGGACUUGUCGUCGCAUUAUUAAAUGGAUCAAGGAGAUUGAUCUAAAGGAAUUCGCUGACAGUCUUCAGAAUAGUGGGGUUCAUGGAGCUGUAAUGGUGUUGGAUCCCUCCUUCACAUGUGAAACCAUGGCAACAGCUUUAUGUAUUCCAAGCAACAAGCACAUGGUCCGCCAUCACCUGAAUGAAGAGAUGGAGGCACUUGUUAGUGCUGUCAGGGCAGAACUUGAUCAGGAAGUUGAAGCUUUGGGAACUCCACCUACACUACGCAGACAAAGUUCUCUAAGCAGCUCCUCACCCAGUUCCCAUGAUGACCAGCAGUCCUUGAGAAGGGUGAAGCAGCAGCUGGGUCUCAGCCCAAAGAAUCUCACUGGACAGAGGAACAGUCAUCAAAACCGGUCGGGCUCAUUUCCAAGGAAUGGACUUCAAGAAAUCUCUCUGCAAAGGGAGCGUUGCCCAGUUCGACAUUUUUCUGCCGCGGAGCUAACGAACGUCUGAGUUCGCUUGCCAGAACACUUUUAAAGAAUUUCAGAAUUGUAUUUUUUCAAAUGCUGGGAUCUUCAUUUGUUUAUCAAAGCAACAAAAGUUCACCUUCUUAAUAACUUUUGAACCGUCUGUUUGCCAGUGGGGGUCUUGGCAUUGUACUGUAUAGUAGGCCUUAUAAAGAUGUGUGGACUCAUUGUUAAAAAAAAUACAUUUUCACAGAAUCUGUUUCAAUAAGCACAUACUCAUUAAAGAUUAAUUUACCAGUUUUUUUAGCUAAGUUCAGGAGGAGCAUGGUCAUGUAACCCAACCAGUCGGUGUGAAGAGGUCUUUAUAUAGAUGUUCCUCACCUCUUGUGACAGUUUUUGCAGCAUCCCUUCAUCACCUUGAGCACUACCAAUUAUCUAUUCCAGUUAAGUAGGGGGAAGUACUCUGAUUUGGGCUAAAUUCCAAGUUCGGAGACCUCACCUCAGAUAGCACGCCAAUUAUGACAUCAUAUUUGGUUACAUGUUAAAGGAAAACGACACCGUUUUUCAAUAUUUUAUGUUCGUACCUUAACUUAGAUGAAAUAAUACAUCCCUGUCUUUUUUCAAUGCAUGCACUUCAUCUUUGUACAGCGCGUUGUGAAUA